CGACAACAAUAUUAAUAUAAUUUCCGCAACUUCCAUGUCAUCAAUGUUCAUAAUCAGUUAAUCCCGACGCUUAACAAUAAUUACAAUACAAUCCAUAAUUGAAUGGGGCAAUUCAAUGCGUUAUCUUAUCAUCUUCUUGUUACACUUUUUAUUUACAUAUGUUCGCAUCACAUAUAUUGUGCUAAUGUUAAAUGCAAUGUGAAUUCCAUCACAUUUGAUGUAGUAUAGUUGCCACUGAUCUCAUCAUCGAAAUGCAAGCCUUGACACAUCUUCUACUCCUUUGUUGCGUCCUCGUUGGAGUGAACUGCUUUGAACCUAGGAUAGUCGGAGGAAGGCAGGUGCAAAAUCGCGAGGAUUUCGCGUAUCAGGUCUCUUUGAGGUUCAGCAAAAUGCACUUUUGCGGAGGCGUCAUCCUGGAUAGUCGCAACGUUCUUACAGCUGCCCACUGCGUCUACAAUCUUCCCACUUUGAAGUACCUAGAGGUCUUCGUCGGAGAUUUAAAUGUCCGUUCAAUAAGUAAUAACACGGUCAGUGUACGCGUAACCAAUGCGACAAUCCACGAGCAUUUCGAAGACAGGCUGUUGCUCAACGACAUUUGCAUUCUAAAGUUGGAAAAGGAUUUAGAAUUUUCAAGUACCGUCAAAUCGGUUCCUCUUUGGACAUUGAACGAUACUUUCGAAGAUGAUCUCAGGUGUAACGUGUCUGGUUGGGGAACUACAGAAUACAAAGGUAAUUCGAGCAACAAUUUGUUGUAUCUUGAGCUACCUUUGAUCGAAAGAAAGAACUGCAGUAAAUACUACGGAAACGCUAUAGACCCAGGAAUGGUCUGCGCCGGCUUCGAAGAGGCUGGAAAGGACUCGUGCGAGGGCGACUCCGGCGGUCCACUGGUAUGCGAAAAUAAGCUGAUGGGUCUCGUCUCGUGGGGUUUCCAAUGCGCCAGGGCCAUGCAUCCUGGGGUUUACACGGAUGUGAGAGAAUACUCCGACUGGAUCAAGAAGCAUCAACACUCUUCGACUUCAAAACACUUGGGAUUUUCAUGGUUGAUGGUCCUUUUAAUUGCACUGCUCGAACUCUAAUUUUAUAAUUGUUGUAUGUGUUUGUGAUUUGAUAAUUGUAUGCGUGUACGAUGAUGUAGAUAAGAGGGAUUUGGCGGAAAAGUUAUUAUGAAUCGCGAAAUCUCUUUUUAUUGUAGCUGGGAAUAUCAUGUUUUUUUUGGCAAAUAGAAUAAAGUUGAUGAUAAGUGUA